AUUUUUCAGAAACUAGUUAAACAAAACCGUCGUGAAUUCAAGAACGCAGUGGAAAGAGGAACAACGAAAUUGAAGGUUCUGUUCAUCUUCUUCUGCUGUUGAAAAUGGACGCCGCUAACAGCUUCAAAUUUCUCGGAUUUGAUAAUUAUCUGUCCCUUGUGGCCAAAGCCCCUAAAUUUUCUCUUCCAUGUUCCCAAUUAUUCAGACCUAAUUUAGGCGCCAAACAUGGAGAGUUUACACUUCCGAGGUCAUCUUCCAUCGCCGUUCGCAGUAGUUGGAGGUCGAGGAUCUCUUACCGAGGAAAUGAGGGUGCGGAGCAAUGUUUUAGAGUGCCAACCAUUUCAUGUUCGAUGGUAGAUGGCACUGGAGACUACAAAGAAAUGGAGCAGUCCUCUUCAAUGGAUUGCCGGCAGGAGGGUGUUAUUGACUUGAAGCUCCCAAGAAGACGUUUGUUAGUAACUUUUACGUGUGAUGCCUGUAAUGCUCGGUCACAGAGGUUAAUAAAUAGACUAGCUUAUGAACGUGGGCUUGUUUAUGUGCAGUGUUCAGGAUGUUCUCAGUACCACAAGCUUGUCGACAAUCUUGGACUUGUUAUCGAGUACAACUUGCAGGAGGAAAUUGAUACAGAUCAAGUCUAGACAGAGCUUUUAGUUUGUCAGCAUUUCAAUUUUUGAGGGAAAAAAAACUGCUGUGAUCUCAUGAAAAAUAUAACAAAUUUAAAAUUUAUAGAAUGAUAGUAAAACAUUUUGGAGAUAAAGAAUGAAUAUCAUAUAGAUAAAACUGCUAUGAUGCUCUGAUCCUCUUCUGUAUGCCAACACGCCAUUCUCCAAUGCCAAAAUGGUCCCACAGUGUAUCUACAGGAGACUGCUUCUUGCAUAAAUUUAGAAGAAGAAACCGCUGACAGCCAAAAGGGUAGCGAGAGCCAUUCCGGCGGUCACCUGCAUUCUGGUUCUUCCGUGCUGAUCAAGUGAGAUGCCGCCAUUCUGUAAUUGAACGACGAGCAGUCAGAAGCUAUAUAGCGGUAGGAUAUUUGAUCAGACAAUAUUAGGACGAAUUCAGUUUAACUACCAAAUUUAAGGUUGGUGAGGGUGCUGGUGCUGUGUCCUCCGUGUCUUGGGUUGGUGGUGCUGGAGGGCUUUUAACAACAACUGGUGCCGGUGCUGGGGCAUGAUGAUGCCUGUGUUUGUGCUUUCGUUUCUUGUGCUUGGCAGGUGCUGGUGCGGGUGAAGGGACCUCUACUGGUGCUGGGACCGGUGCUGGUGUCGGUGCUGCCACAGGUGGUGCCACCGGUGCUGGUAAUACUGGUGCUGGUGCAGGUGCUUUUACUGCGGGGGCUGGUGCUGGCUGCUGCGUUGGCGUGGGAGAUGCUUGUGGUGGAGGUACAGCUGGUGGUAAAGCCGGUGGUAGUGUUGGAGUUACAACGGGCGGGCUUACUGGAGGUUGUGGUGGUGGAGUUAUCGGGCUGGAAGCCGGUGGUGGAGUGGUUGGGGCUACAGCUGCAGUUGGUGGUGAUGCUGCGGGGGCUGGUGUAGAUGGUGGUGGGGACCUCGUCGAUGGGGUAUUAGAAGGUGAAGCUGCGGGUGCUUGCGCAUUCGCAGUGAUUAAUAGAAUGCACAAGCUGGAAACGCAAGCCCAUAAAAAUGUUGCCAUUUUGGAGAGGAAUGGUGUGGACACAGAGAUACUUGCACAUACAUUUAUAUCUCACGUUUUGGAAAUAGGAAAAGUUUGGUGAUAUGUCAUUUUGAUGAAUGCCAAAAAAAAAGGGGGCCUCAAGAUUGAAAAAAUAAAAUUAAAUAGAAAUUUGUGAUUUUGAUGAAUGCAAUAGCUGCUUUAACUCA